AUGUCGAAAGAUGGAAUCAAUCCUAAGUAUACAAUUCUAUUACCAACAUACAACGAAAAGGAGAAUUUACCAGUAUGUAUUUGGCUAAUCGAGAAAUAUAUGAAAAAAACCGGAUUUUCUCACGAGGUGAUUAUCAUCGAUGACAGCAGCCCAGACGGAACAAUGGAUGUGGCUAAAAAGUUAGAAGAUGAAUUUGGCAGCGACAAGAUUAUUUUAAGGCCUAGAGCAAGGAAAUUAGGUCUUGGAACUGCUUACACUCACGGAUUACAAUUUGCUCGAGGAGAUUAUGUUAUCUUGAUGGAUGCUGAUCUAUCACAUCAUCCAAAAUUCAUUCCUGAAAUGAUCAAGUUGCAACAACAUAAAAAUUACGACAUUGUAACGAGCACACGUUAUGCUAAUGGUGGUGGUGUUUCGGGUUGGAAUCUCAGACGAAAACUCGUCAGUCGUGGUGCUAACUUUUUAGCUCAGUUUCUGCUUCGACCGGGAGUUUCUGAUUUAACUGGGUCUUUUCGUCUAUAUCGCAAGGAUGUUCUGGCGAGGUUGAUUGCUGACAGCGUUUCGAAGGGAUAUGUGUUCCAGAUGGAAAUGAUGUUUCGUGCAAGCAAAUUGAAUUACCGCAUAGGAGAAGUGCCGAUCUCGUUCGUUGACCGUUUUUACGGCGAAUCCAAACUAGGUGGCCAAGAAAUUGUUGAUUACAUCAAAGGAUUGUUGUAUCUUUUUAUUUUUGUUUAA